AUGACCUUUCAGGGAGCGUUGACGUUCGAGGAUGUGGCCGUGACCUUCACCCUUGAGGAAUGGCAGCUUCUGAACCCAAGGCAGCGCAAAUUGUACCAGGAUGUGAUGCUCAAAAACUAUGAAAAUCUCACAUCACUGGGUUGCAAGACCGAAGCUGAGACCAAAAAGCUGAUCCUUUUGCAAGAGGAGGUUUCCGAAGAAGCAGAUUUAGGCAGGGCAGUCCCCUGGAGUCCCCAACGGAACUGUCCAGUGGCACAAACCGAUGAAAAAGAGGGCAUGUUCGAAAGUUCCCGCAGUUGUCCCAGGGGUGGGAGGACAAGGAACUUCAUAAACGUCAGAGACGUCCACGACACAUCCCCCAGAGAGGAGACGGCCCACAGCUGUAACGUGUGCGGAAAAGCCGUGCCCUGCCACUCCCAUUUUCUCAUCCACCAGCGACUCCAAAUGGGAGAGAGAUCCUACAAGUGUCAUGAGUAUGGGGAAGCCUUCAUUCAACAGUCAACCCUCGGCGAUCAUACCGAAGAGAAACCUCACAGAUGUGACCAGUGCGGAAAGGCCUUCAGUUGGUCAGCUCUUAUGACCCAUCAGAGACUUCACGCUAGCGAGAAACCCUACAGAUGUGAUGGCUGUGGGAAAGGCUUUGACCAUUGCACUGCUCGCAGUAACCAUCAGCCGAUUCCCACUGUAGAGAAGCCCUACAAAUGUAGUGAAUGCAGCGAAGACUUCAGUCAACUCUCAGCCCUCACGACACAUCGGAGGCUUCACGCUAGAGAGACACACUAUAAAUGCAACAGAUGUGAGGGAGUCUUCAGCAGUUGCUCGAUGUGGAGAAAACACAAGUGCAUUCACACCAGCGAGAAACCCUAUAUAUGCCACCAAUGUGGGAGAGGCUUUUUUUGGCCAUCAGUCUUUCUCAGACAUCAGGAAGCCCACAAUGAGGAGAAACCCUUCAAGUGUGACGUUUGUGGAAAAGCUUUCAGACGUCGCACCUAUUUCACCGUGCAUCAGAGGAUUCAUACCGGGGAGAAGCCCUAUAAAUGCAAUGCUUGUGGGAAAGCCUUCAGCGACUGCUCGGCCCGGAGCAAACACCAGCGUAUUCACACCGGAGAGAAGCCGUAUAAAUGCAGCGAAUGCUGGAAGGCCUUUAAUCGAUUCUCCAGUCUUAACAGGCAUCGGAGACUUCAUACCAGGGAGAAAUUCUACAAAUAGAACGAGCGCAAGAAAGCCUUCUUUCGAGCCUUAGACCUAGCUGCGCAUCAGAGCAUUCACACCAGGGAGAAGCCUUAUGGGUGUCACGGAUGUGGGAGAGGAUUUACCAAAAAUAAGCCUUUGUUAACACCAGAAAGUUCCUACCGGAAAGAAGCCCUACGAACAUGAACAGUGUGGCACGCAGAUCUAAUUGCACAUCAGAGGAUUCACACUGGAGAGAAAACCUGCAAAUGCAACGACAGUGGAGAAAUGUUCACUCAGAUCCCAAGUUCGCAGAUAUCAGUGAAUUCAUCCCAGAGUUCAGCUCUACAGAUGUGUGGAAAGUGGAUGAGCCUUCAGUCAGAACUCAGACUCUGUCAGAUAUCGGCCGACUCGUACCCAGGGGUGAUCGUGCAAGUGAAGUCUGGACAGAUUGCCAGGGAACUCUCAGCCUCCGAGGAUUUGCAUUUGAGGGAAACGUUGUAUGUGAAUUAAUUCCAGGGGAGUGUUUGAAAAGGCCGAAGCCUGCUUGAGGAUAAUGGCACCGUGGCAGGUGAACAGACAUUCUCAAAAGUGACCUAUCAGGGUGCUAAUCGCUGGGGUGAGUACAGUGCAAUAGAAUUGGUUGACACAUUCCCUGCCUGUGAUCUUACAUCGGGCUAAGGCUAACUGAUAUCUCAUAUAAAGGCUGCCUUGCAAAGAGAUCAUUUCCUUUUCCAACUCUACCUCAGAGCAGUUUCCACCCUCCUGGUGAAGAGAGAGUUGGAGGAGGAGGCAGAGGUGAAGUAGGUUCCUGCCCUAGUGGCCACUGGGCCAUCCUGCCCUCUCCUCUUGGAGACCACCCACAUAACCCCAGUUUUCCUCUAGCUGGACCUCUGGUUUUCAGUCCGUUGGCUCUCUUUCUCCCUACCCUAGCGGUUUUACUGGCUUCUAAUUCCGGUUCCGC